CCUCCCGCCCCCCCCCCGACUGCCCGUAGCUGCCUGAUACAGAGGAAAAAGUUCCUAUACCACUACAAGAAUGUGCGCUGGGCUAAGGGAAGACAUGAGACCUACAUGUGCUACGUGGUCAAGAGGCGGGAGAGCGCCCAGACCAGCUCCCUGGACUUCGGCUUCCUCCGGAACACGGCUCGGGCCCACGCCGAGGUGGUCUUCCUGGAUUACAUCAGGGACUGGCCGCUGGACCCUGGCCUCACCUACCGGCUGACGUGGUUCAGCUCCUGGAGCCCGUGCUGGGACUGCGCGGCCCGGGUGGUGGACUUCCUGCGUGCCCGGCCCAACGUCCGCCUGCGCCUGUUCAUCGCCCGCCUCUACUACUGCAGCGAGGGCACGCGCCAGCCCGAGGGCCUGCGGCGCCUUCGCCAGGCCGGGGUCGGACUGGGCAUCAUGACCUACAAAGAUUAUUUCUACUGCUGGAAUAAUUUUGUGGCCAAUAAGGAGAAGAGUUUCAAAGCGUGGGAGGGGCUUCACGAAAACGCCGUCAGACUGAGUCGCCUCCUCCGCAGAAUCCUCGAG